GGGGGACAGGAGCAAAAGGCGUCAGUCUGACAGACCUAGACGGGGUGCUAUUGUAUAACUGGGGCCUUCGGUCUUUUUUAACUCAAGACUUCCAGGAGGAGCGGCUGCUUGCUAUUUCUCCUCUAUUUUCUUCCCCUCUCCCCGCGGAGGUAGAGCCGGAGCAGCAGCGGGGCUCGGUGUUGCAUCGGCCGCUGGCGGAGGACCUGCACAUGUCGGCGCGGUGAGGGAGCGUUUGUUUCCCCGCCCUGAUACAGGAGAAGGAGGUUGUGUGGCAGAAGUAUAAACCGCAACAUUAUCCAGCUCUGAGAAAGAAAAAAAAAAUUGAAACACACAGCAGGUGCGGCCGUUUGAACGGUCGAAAGAGGAUCCGUUAAAACGAGCGAGAAGGACAACAGUGAUGCGGCAGCCGAGGUGGGCCCAGAUUGAUGAUUUUAUGAUAUCAUCAUCCACCGCCAGGACCGAUCACUGAUUGUAUUGAUAAGGAGAAUCCUCGAGGAGAAUAAGCUAUAAACUGACCUGGGGCCCGUUUCUUUGUUUUUGAUCCGGAUAAACAGGAAGGUGCUUGAUGCAGUGAUUUCUUUACACCAGAAGCUCAGUUAUAGAAAUAAAUAUCCGAAUUUAGGCCCUUGACUUAGUCUGUGUGUGUUACACCAAUAUAGCAGCAGAGAGGCGUGUGUGUGUGUGUGUGUGUAUGUGUGUGUGUGUGUGUGAGAGAGAGGGUAGGCGCGCCUGUCUGGGCAUCAUCUGGUAGCUGCACGGGCUACUCCUCCACGGGGAUGAUACACAAGCGAUUUUACAUCUGUGUGUGAAAAAACCGAAGAACCAGGGAUGCUGCUGCUGCUGCCAUUUCCAGUGCGGCUGUGAUAGAGACAGCGAGGCGCGCAGCACGGGACUGGACAGCCAAAUCUCUCUCCUCACCUCUCCUUUGCCUCUGCACCUUCUCCCCCCUUUAUCUCUCCCCUCUCUCCUCCUCUCCCUCCUCCCUGGAGCUUAUAUCAUUCUGAUCAAUUGAUUAUCCAUCUGUGAUUCAGAUAGCCACCCACUCUUUCAUCCUUCCUCAAGCGCCCCCUUUACGCACACACACACACACCAAGGCGCAUAGGCCGCCUAUCUACAGCCAUCAUGGAGACGACCAAGCUGCCUCCGUCCAGCCCGUCCUCGCCGACCACCAGCUUCUCAGUGCCGUCCGCGGAGAAGGUGGAUGGCUUCCCGCGGAGGUCGAUGCGCAGAGCCCGGCAGAGGAGGUCCCACAGCUCCUCCCAGUUCCGGUACCAGAGCUCCCAGGUGGAGCUCACCCCGCUGCCCCUGCUCAAAGACGCCCCGGUGGCAGAGUUACAUGACCUGUUCUGUAAGAAGCUGCAGCAGUGCUGCGUGCUGUUUGAUUUCCUGGACUGCGUGGCCGACCUGAAGGGGAAGGAGAUCAAACGCGCGGCGCUCAACGAGCUGGUGGAGAGCGUGGCCACGAGCAGAGGAGUUCUCAUAGAGCCUCUGUACCCCGAGGCCAUAAAGAUGAUCUCAGUAAAUAUCUUCCGGACCCUCCCACCGAGCGAGAAUCCAGAGUUUGACCCUGAGGAAGAUGAGCCAACACUCGAAGCCUCCUGGCCGCAUCUGCAGCUGGUGUACGAGUUCUUUCUGCGUUUCCUGGAGAGCCCGGACUUCCAGCCCUCCAUGGCCAAGCGCUACGUCGACCAGAAGUUUGUUCUGCAGCUGCUGGAGCUGUUUGACAGCGAGGACCCCAGGGAGAGGGAGUACCUAAAGACCAUCCUGCACCGUGUCUAUGGAAAAUUACUGGGACUCCGAGCCUACAUCCGCAAACAGAUCAACAACAUCUUCCUCAGGUUCAUAUAUGAAACUGAGCACUUCAACGGAGUCGCGGAGCUUCUGGAAAUCCUUGGCAGCAUCAUAAACGGAUUCGCCCUGCCCCUGAAGGCCGAACACAAGCAGUUCCUGGUCCGGGUUCUCAUCCCGCUACACACGGCAAAGUCCCUUUCCAUCUUCCAUGCACAGCUGGCCUACUGUGUGGUGCAGUUUAUGGAGAAAGAUGCUACAGUGACUGAAUACAUCAUCAGAGGGCUGCUCAAGUACUGGCCAAAAACGUGCACGCAGAAAGAGGUGAUGUUCCUGGGGGAGAUUGAGGAGAUCCUGGAUGUGAUCGAGCCCUCUCAGUUCAUCCGGGUCCAGGAGCCGCUCUUCAAGCAGAUUGCCGCCUGCAUCUCCAGCCCUCACUUCCAGGUAGCGGAGCGGGCUCUUUACUUCUGGAACAACGAGUACAUCCUCAGUCUGAUCGAGGAGAACUGUCAAGUCAUCCUGCCGCUGGUGUUCGCCACGCUGUACAGAGUCUCCAAGGAGCACUGGAACCAGACCAUCGUGUCUCUGAUCUACAACGUACUGAAGACCUUCAUGGAGAUGAACAGCAAGUUGUUUGAUGACCUCACUGCCUCCUACAAAGUGGAGAAACAGAAAGAGAUGAAGCGGGAGCGGGAGCGUGCGGAUCUCUGGCGGGGUCUGGAGGAGCACCAGGACCGCAGGAUGCAGAUGCUCACGGAGGCCGCCAGGAACCAGCGCAACCUCCAGGAGCGAGGUGAGAGAGGGGACCCGCCGACCCCCUCGUCCCCGCAGACGGCUCACUCCGACCAGCCCGAGCCCAAGCCCAGCGGGGCCUCCUCUUCCUCUGGAGCCGGGGAGAGCGCCACCUAGGUGCUGCUCCACGGAGAUUGGAUAGCACGGGGGUUAGGGGACAGGGAGAAGACACAAGGUUGAUGGUGAAAAGUGUUGGGAGAGAAAAGGUACAAAACAAAUCCACAGUCCUUUUUAUCUUGUAUCAUGGAGGGCGUGGCUUUUUGUGAAAAGGCGCACAAGCUCAGUGAUCCGAGGUAAAGGCUGCACCUUUCUUUUUCUGACAGAGUUGUGUGAAAGUGGUUCACUUUUUGCUGUACACACAUCAUGUCGCAGAUCAGAAGAUGAAUAUUGCCCAGAAGUGCAGACUGUCAUUUUAAUCAGCGGCUGGUUCCUAACUGCAGGUCAGUAUCCAAACAUUGGUAGCUGGCCUGCUUAAAAUCAGCCUCAAAAUAAGAGAAGACAUUUCUCUUUUGGUGCAACACUUACCAAGUUUAACGUGUCUAACUUGUCUUGAUAUUUAACCAACCGAGUCUGUACUGUGGCCGCGUAUUUAUCUUUUGCUCAGAGAUACUUAUUUCAUGCGUGGACAGCACAAUACAAUCAAUAAAACAAAGGAAGCAAUUUCACACAAAUGUCCCGAAACUGUUGCUGCACAGACCAGACACACAGAAACACACACAUAGUCGCAGGUACAUAUUUACUGUAAAUAUGAGUAGACAGAGCAGAGAGAAAAUGUAUCAAACUAAAAAAAAUCACUCGGUUGAUGCACCAA